AUGGCACAAACUCCCAAUGUCCAUCACGGCUUUACGAAGUCAUGGAUCGACUUCGAUCGUCCCUCUUGGCAACGACGAAUCACGAUGACAGACAAUGGUGGUGCUUGGGUUUCCGGUACUACUGUUAUCCUCCUCGCCCUAGCAUCCCCUGCUGCGUAUAUAAUAUGCAAUCGUGCAAUAGCCGGAACUUGGGCAUACCUGGAAGGAAUCUAUUUCACGCAGCGAGAGGCGAGACUUCCGAAAUCCAGUUCUACUAAUGUACCAAGGGAGGAUACGGGCCUGCUCCCAGCUAAACGCAAAUUUUAUUAUGCCAAAGUCCGCAAAACAUGGAGAUCAUCUAGAACUCCUGACUUCGCAUUAAUUGAACUAGGACGACUAGGCUGGGAAAUGGCAACUCAUCAUCCUGUUUCGGCCAAUCACACCGGCUUCAAAUGGGCAAAUUUAUGGGCUCGCAAGUUUGAGCUCCUGCUGUGCUUUUUCUUAGAGCUUCUCUGUCUUGCCAUAUUUGGGCUCUUUGCAUGGGGUAGUAUAGCCGCUACAGGUCUUAUCUCAGACACCAUUGCUCUAUCAGCGUCAGAAGAUUGCGGCUUCUGGAUUCCGGAUCCAAAAGCAACACUGAAGCCCAACGGGACCUAUGGAUACUUCUAUCUCCAGGAAAUUGAAGCCAUGGAAUAUGCCAAGACUUGUUAUGGAGCCGAGAAGGGUGCUGAUGGUUGCAACUUUUUCGUGACUCAGGAUUUUCCGAUUACCGAAACCGAGAAUGAUUUUUGUCCUUUUGAGGAACUCUGCCUUGAUGGCCGAUAUACAGCUUUCUCGAUGAGCACAGAGCUCAUCUCAUCCAAAUCACUUGGUAUCAACGUUCCAACUGGCUACAAGUUCAACCGAACUACUACCUGUGCACCAAUCAAAAGGGAAGGUAGGGUGGUGGAAACCCCUGAUUCAUACGAAUAUUACUAUGGCGCUCACGGAAUUAAUAACUGGACCUGGAAAUCUCCCAAAGGCCAGAUUAAAUCAUUUCCUGGCUAUGAUGUGGCUUCUUUCUGUUACGAAGAAGGCUCAUCGGCGGGUUGGGAUCCUAUUCCAGCUUUUCGCUCCAAAGAUUACGAAGUUACAAGCCUAUUUCUGAUCCGAUCCCAGAACAACUACCAUAAAACAUCCCGAGACGACCCUAUCUUCCCAGCAAAAUUGCAGGUCGAUCCCCCGAUGCGGCCCUACCCACUUUUCUAUAAUGAUGACCCUGUAGCCACCACUCUUGCAUGCGUCGAUAGUGUUUCUGUGUGCCAUGCAAAUGGGGAAUUGUGCUGGAAUAAGAUUAACAAUCCCAUCAACGAACUAGCCCCUCACAUCGAGAAAACAGGGUACUACAUGCUCAAUAUUGCACUUACGCGAUCCAACAUCUGCAACGGCAUUUUCCUCCGAGGCGGCAGUGCACUCGACGCCCAGUCAAAGAUGCAGGCGAACCUAUCCGUCCCAUUAUCAUUACCACUAGCGCCCGAGCAGUGGAAAGUCGAAGUCCGCUCUCUUUUCAAGGCGUCUCUGGCUCGGAUUCAAAUCGACUUACGGGACUAUAUGCGUGGUGCCGCAGCAAAUGUAGCUGGAUUCAAGGACCACACUGAGUCCGGAUACACUGAGAUGUGCGGCGCAUAUAAGUUUCGGACCGUUGGUUGGACGAAUAUCAAUGCCUGGGCGUUUUGGCUGCUGAUCACGCUGGUUGUUGCUGUGUAUUUUCUUAGUUGGGAGCUAGGAGAGUCUUCUAAGGAACAAAAGACGGUCGCGGAAUUGAUUUGGGCUGCUACAGCUGUUCGAGCUGUCAAGCUGAUGUAUCGUAAAUGGGCGUCUCCAGAAAGAGCCACCGUUGAUGCGAACCAGGCCGCGGCGGCCAAUGAAUCAAAUGCGGCCGGAAUGUCAGCAGUACAUGUUGUUGGUGAGGACGAGGACGAGGACGAGGACGAGGACGAGUAA